AUGUCCGCCGCGUCUUCUCUCCCGGCACCUGCGCUUCAGGCUUCGCGCGCUGCCGUGCAAUCUGCGCUGCGCGCGCACGGUAUCACUGAAGGUACCGAUGGCAAGUCGGAGGUCGCGGAUGCCAACUCUGCCGACAAGCCGGAGACCGAGGAGCCCGGAGAAAUCCAAGAAAUCGAGGUCGACAUGCAGGCUCAGGCCGAGCAGAUACGCACCGUGUUCAAUGACCCCACAAACUUCAACGUGAAACACCCGCUCUACUCUACCUGGACGCUCUGGUUCGAUUCGCCCGCAACCAAGGGUCGUAAUCUGCCACAGACACCAUCAACGGCAUUCCCACAAACUCCGGUGCCGCAAACGCCUGGUGCGGCCCUCGGAUGGAUGGAAGAUAUCAAGCGUGUUAUCCAGUUCGACAGUGUUGAGGAGUUCUGGGGAAUGUACAACAACAUCGUCCCGCCGUCACAACUGCCGCAAAAGGCCAACUACUAUCUAUUUAAAGACGGCAUCAUCCCUGCUUGGGAGGACGAGGCCAACAAAAACGGUGGCAAGUGGAGCAUCCAGUUACCGAGGGAGAAGAAUCGCGGUCACGUUGACAAGUUUUGGCUUUAUACUAUGCUCGCUGCGAUCGGCGAGACGUUUGACCCAUACUUGACCCAGCCGGAUACUCCCCCCGGCACACCUUCUCUUAUCACUGGCGUCAUCGUGUCGACACGUCCACAGUUCUACCGGUUGUCUAUUUGGACCCGUCAGGCGCCGAGCUCCGAGGAUGACAAGCUGAAGGAGCGCAUCGAGUCGGUUGGCAAGCACUUCAAGAUAAGUGUGCUUGGUUAUAACGAAGCCGCUAAGUUGGCCGGUCCGCUUGCAACGGAGGUUGAAUUCAUGUCGCACAAGGACUCGGAGAAGAAGGGCAAGUCAGGGCAGAGGAAGAUCGUCGUUUGA